GUUUAUUUUGUACUCGAUCGCCUUUUUCCUCCCUUGCUCAAAUGGCUGAUCAUCAAUAUUCCCGCUGAAAUACGCUCAAACUGAUUGUAAUGACUGUCCACCGAUAGGUGGUGCGCCUAGUUCUAUUUAGUAUGUAUAGCAUACUUCGGACAGAGAUGCACGCAACUAAAGGGCCGUCGCCGAGGGUGGCUGAGGCCGACCUCAAGUGCAAGAACGGUGAAUGUGAAUUCUACGGAAACGCUCAAUGGGAAGGCUAUUGCUCGAAAUGUAGGAAAAUCUUUACAAAUAGGGCGGCCAAGAGCGAGUCGCGCAUCCGCCACAGUGACUCAUCCAGCAGUCAUUCAUUCCACGAGAGCAGGAACCAGGGUUCUUUUCCUACCAGUGGGUUCUCGCGCUUUGAAGAAAAGAGGAGACAGCAAACUGACAAGAAACCAAAGGGGAUCAGUGUCUUCAAGAAAUCACCCAGUCCUAAAGAGCCAGCGUCAUGCAUCACCCUGGCUGCAGCUGAGUUGGAAAUCUUGAGACAAGAGCACGCUUUUUUCCUCAAGGGCAUUGGUUCCCAAAUUGAAUAUGACAUAGUAGCAACCUGCAGGUCGCACGUAGAAAAGGUUGCUGCGGUUGCUGACCUGAGGUCAGCAGACGACCUGGCAGAACAGAUCCAGCAGGUCUAUCAACUUCUCGUCAAUAAGAUGGAUGCAUUCAAAAUUUACUCGAGGCUUAGUGCAGAAGAUAAGGAUCAAAUUCUAAUUUACGGUGAAAAAUACAUCAUGACAUGUCUUUACACCAGUCUCUUCUGUCCUCCAAGCACCACUGAUGAGGAGAAGGACCUUGCAAUUCAGAACAGAAUUCGGCAGUUGAACUGGGUGAAUGCCAAGCAUUUGGACUGCAGGAUAACUGAAACAGAUCCUGAAGUGCGUGAGUUGGUGUACACGGCCAUCACUGAAAUCCUCAGCAUGGAUUCUGCCAAAUCACCACCCGAGAAGUUGAGCUGUGUGGUUAAGUGUUGCGGUGCUAUCUUCAAGCUGCUUCAAGUGGCGCAGGGAGGUCCUGCGUCGGCUGACGAAUUUCUCCCAGCCCUAAUUUUUGUUGUCCUCAAGGCAAAUCCGCCUCGACUGAAGAGCAACAUAAAUUACAUAACACGCUUCUGCAAUGGAAGCAGACUAAUGUCCGGCGAAGCUGGAUACUAUUUUACUAAUUUGUGCUGUGCCGUUUCCUUUGUUGAAAAUCUUACUGCUGAGUCAUUAAACAUGCCAUUUGACGAGUUUGACCAGUACAUGUCCGGCAAAGUGGUGCCAAUCAGCUCUUGGGACAGUGCCCUUCUCAUGUGUGAGGGAAUGCAUGUGAUAAAUGAGCAGCUUUCAACUUUAAAAGAGUUGGAUCAGAAGAAUCAAAACACACUCUCAGGAUCCAAAUUACUCCACGAGGAAAUUUUAGCAUUCCAGGAAGAAAUUUGUAAAAAAUUGGACCAAAUAAUUGACUCGUCUCCUCUGGUUUUAAAAUCACUGCGAGAACCAACAAACAUAGAUAGUGAAAACCCUCAUGCUGAAACGUUACCACCUCCUAUUGCACCUUUGGUGCUUGCCUCACACCCAGCACCCUCUCCAAAAAGAUCACUUGAGUUGUUGUCCCCACUUGAGGCCCCAGCAGCUCCUGUCUCAAUUUCUCCUCCAUCUCCUUUAUCCCCGCCACCAGAUAUUCUGGCUGCUCAGCAAAGCCUAGAAUUGGUCCGAGGCCUCAAUUACGAUAUUACACUUCAAGAAUCUAGUCCAGAAAACACAGAUGUCGAAGAACAGCAUGGGCCUGGAUCAUUGCUGGAUGCAAUGAAUUUGUCACCCACCAGUGGUCAGCCGCUGCCCUUACCUUCCCCCCUGACCCCUGAGAUGCCCGCUAGUAACCAGCAGUACCAAGGCUUUUCCACGCAGGGCUGGAAUAUUCAAAGUGUGACAUGCGCUACUGGAAAUUCUCCUGUUCCAGAUAGCUCGAAAGAUAAAUAGUUUCUUUUGCAAUUCCAAAAGUAUUAAAUUAUUAAAUAUUGAUUAUUGUUUUGUUAUAACUAGGAUAAAUAAAAAUAAUGCAAGCCCAAAUUACAAUA